AUGACCAGCCAAGCAUCCGCGCUAUCCAAGUUUGAUACUCCGGCCAAGUUGCCUCCUCCUGAUAUCCAAGAAGCAAUUAACAAGCUCACUUCCCUCCUCAAAGAGGCCGGAACCUGGGCUGACGACGACAUCAAUCUGAAGCAAAGGCUUCUGGACUUGACGGUUCUGAUCCAUGAUUCUCUGAGGAGCUUGCAGUGGGACCAAGAGUGGAUUAAACCGGCCAUUCAUACGUGGUUUACUAGGCUUGGUGACCCGGCUUUGCCUUGGGACGGAUAUGCUCGGAGUUUGGACGUAACAUUUUUCCGCUCGAAGACCUUUCAAGACCUGGUCGAUAAGCAGAUCACGCAGCAAGGGAAGCAGAUCUCCCAACAAGCGAGCCCCACCGAGCCACCUAUAGAGGUUCGUGUGGACUCUCAGCAGCGUGUAGGGUCGUAUAUAGCCUAUAUACCAACCAUUUUCGCGUCAAACCAUAAGCAAAACAGAAACGAGAAGCGCAGAACGAGCCAAAAAGCAGGAGAGAUGGGACCCAAGGGAAGUGGGUCACCGACUACGUCACAACCGACGGGAGGGACAACGACGAACGCGACAAGGCCACCCGUCACCAGGGGCCAUACAAGCAAGAGGGUAUGGAGCACGAACACGGAAGAGGCAGUCAACAGAUUCCGGAGGCAACAAUGGCUGGACGAAGAGGAGGAACUCGAGGACAUAGACACGAGCACUGUCCUCAGGGCGCUGAAGACCUUGCCGUCAAGACACAAACCACUCUCGGACGAACUGCACGCGGACCUGAAUGCGAUUUACACGGUACUACAACAAACAAUGAAGAACGACCUGCAUAAGACGAUCAGAGAAAUACUGGAGAGCAAACUGGCGGGGGUGAAAGGAGAGAUGGAGGCGGUGAUCAAGGGGGCAAAGGAGGGUAUAAACGAAGUACGAGCACACGUGAUAGGGGUGGUGGAGAGGACAGGGAAGGCGGCAGAGGAAGAGAUACAGGUACAAGGGAAGAACAUGACCUACGCGAGGGUCCUGGCCGGAGACAACGCACCAGAGGCGGAGGCGGUGAGGAAGGAAAGAGAGAUAGAGGCGAGGAUCGACAGGAAGGGCAGGCAGCUGGUGGUGGACGGCAUCAAGGGAGAUGGGAAAGGGGAAGCACUGACGGAGAGAGAUUUGACAACGAAGGCGGAGGAGAAGGGUCUACCAGAAGGGACGAAAUUCGUGGCAGCAAUACGACUGAAGAACGGCGGGGUGGUUUACAAGCUCAAUUCGAAGGAGGGAAUUCAGAUGCUUUAA